AUGAGUACCAUGGACAAGGCCGUUGCCGUCGUUCAACAAAACCGACAGCUCAUUGUGGAAAACGUCGCGCUACCGGAGCUACAACCUCACCAAGUCUACGUCAGUGUCGAGUGGGCAGCGUUCAAUCCCACAGAUCGACUUGCGUUCGACGUCGAUGCAUUUGGAGACGGUGCCGUUCUAGGCUGUGACUUUGUCGGCACUGUUAUAAAAGCCCACCCAAAUGUGAGCAGAGUUCUGGUUGGUGAUAGAAUCGCCGCGUUAGUGUGGGGAGGAGAAAUCAAGGGUGUUGGGGCGUACUCGUCCUAUUGCAUCGCCGACGAGCGCAUCUCUUUCAAGGUUCCGAGCGCUGUCAAGAGUCCCAAGGCCAGCGCCGUUCCGCUCGCCGCAAACACUGCGUACCUGGCACUAUUCUCUGAAGAUUGCCUCGGUUUCUCGCGGGAUGUAUCUACUACCAAGCCUCCUGUGCUAAUCUGGGGCGGCAGCUCUGUCGUCGGAUACUUCGCCGUCCAACUAGCCAAGCUUCACGGUUAUCCCGUAGCCAUCACCUGCAGCCCUCGCAACUUUGACUACGUCAAGAAUGCCGGAGCUACCCAUGUCUUUGAUUACAACGACACCGACGUAGUGACGAAACUCCAGACUGCAUUACCGACGCUAUCACACAUCUUCGACACCAUUGGAAACGCAAGCUCCUCAGCGACGGCAGCCGCUGCGCUAGACGGCAGACCUGGAGUGCUCUGUACAGUCCGCCCGGGCAAGGCAAACACCGAGGAGGUUCCGAGAAACAUCAAAGUAACUGAUGUUUUCGUCUUCACUGCGUUUCCGACGGCUCAUACGUACCGCGAGUUGGUGCAUUGGCCUGUCUCAAUGCCGAAUCAUCUACUCAGUGCUGAGAUGUACGAGCGGCUCCCUGGUCUGCUUGAGAGCAAUGCCAUCAAGCCGCCUCCGGUAAAGGUGCUCGGAAGAAUAAGCCCUCAGUCAGUAAAUGAAGCAAUGAAAUUGAAUCGUGACGGAAAGAUAUCUGCGGAGAAGCUUUGCUUUGAUGUCUCUUCUGCUUUCGGCGAGCAGAACGUGUAA